AUGGCCACCCCAACGCCCAAAUCAAUCUUAAAGAAGACUCCCGUGCCUUCUACUAUUCGAUCAGAUGUAGUAGCCAUAAAUCCGGGCCCCAGAGCCACGACCGGCACCAAACCCACUCCCUCCGAAGCACGUGCAAUAGCCCUCUCCCAUGCACACGCCUUACAAAUUCGCAAAGCCCUCGAACUAUCAAUCCUCAUGUCUCUCGAGGAGCUCGUCGACUUCCCUACACCUGCGCCUGCAUCCUCAGAAACAAGCAUGACUCACCACGACACUCCAGCGCUCAAGCUCCAUCUUCGCUACUUCCAGCCCUCCGAUUACGACUCUCUGAUUCACGAACGCAACAUCUUGAAGCUCUGUGGUUACCCGCUCUGCUCUGAGCCAAAGAAAUCAAAAGCGACCUCUAACCAUGUCCUUAUCGACAAGGGUCUUUCAACUAUGCGCUUCGUCCCACGAGCUAAGUUGGAGCGCUUCUGCUCCGACCUGUGUGCGCGCCGUGGCCUGUGGUUACGGGUGCAGCUGAACGAUGAGCCUUCUUGGCUACGUGGUGACGUACUAGAGGGCGUCGAGGUUGGCGAAAAGGGCGAGGUUAUAGGCCUGGACCUAGAGGGUGUAAAGUGGAAGGCCAACGGUGGUGAAGAGACAAUGGUACUACUAGAGGAGGUAGAAAGGAGAAAGGAGAUGGGUAUCAGAAGUGCUGUGAAGGAAGGAGACCUAAAGAAGUUGGUACAAGAGCUUGAGGGUCUCGGAAUUGAAAGUAAGGGCAUUCUUGACGGGAAUAAGAAGCCUGAGGUAGCGCGGAACGGUGUGGGCUUCGUAGUGGAUGGUAAAGAGGUCCCCACAAAGCAGGAACCAUUAACCUUUACUAUCGAGGAGAAAGAGGUAUUGGGAAGUGCGGUGGCGCCGUCCGCGGACGGUCUGGCUGCUGGGAUGUCGGCGCUGGCAAUCGAAGGGUACAAGCCGAGAAAGGGCCCAGAAGACUAUAUUCCAAAGAGCAAGAAGCCGCAGUAG